ACAGAUUAUAUCUAAGCGUCGGAAACGGACGCGCGCAAGCGCGGGCCGACGCCAUCUUUUUGUUUGGAUUCGGUCGUUGUGUGGCGUGUGUCGUGAAUUUUUAUUUUUGUGGAUAAUUACUAAAAUAUUGCGUGUUGUUUUUUGUUAGCGUAGACAAUCAAUUCAUUGUGUAUUCAUCUUAGUGAAUAAUAUGUCUAACGGAUUACUAGAUCACGAAAAAUAUUGACAAAUCGCCAUGUCUGGUGGUCGCCUGGUGGUGCUAGACCGGGCGGGGCGGGAUGUGAAGCGGUACUCGCUGCCGGACGGGCUGGUGACCCUCGGCAGCGACCCCGCCUGCGACAUCCGCCUGCUGCUGCCUACUGUUAGUGAACAUCAUGCCACUGUUGUGGUCAGGUCUAAUCAGACAAUAGUCCGCAACGUGUCCCACGGAGAGACCCUCGUGAACGGGCGGCCGGUCAGCGUGGCCGCCCUGCAGCACGGGGACACCAUCACGCUGGGCGGGCGCAGCCUGCGCUGGGAGUACGACCAGCCCGCCGCCACCAGGGUGGCACAGCAGCCUGAGCUGCCACUGCGCCGCGCCGGGCGGCCUAGGGGCCGGGGCCGCAAGCGAGCCAGCGACGGGCCGCAGCGGCGCCUCGACCCCGCCGUGCAUCUCAUGCUGGAGCUGAAUCAUCGUGCUUCUAUGCCAGGAGCUGCGAAACAAGUGGCCAUCGUGCAGCCACAGCGACGAGACACUCAUGACCUAGAUACGAACCCGCGUCUGCUAGUAAAGCCGCACCGGCCGUACGCACAAACAAACAAGAGACAAAGAAACUCCAAGCCGGAAACACCAAAACAAGACAACGAGAAAACAGAAGAAAAGUCCAAACGCAAGACAGCAUCUCCCAGAAUCAGCCCAAAGGCAGACCUACAGAACACCACUAAAGCCACCCUAUGGAUUGAGUCUAGAAAAUCUAGCCCCAGAAAAAGUGUAACAGUGACGCCAAAAGUGACUAAACCGGCAGUUUUGUCGCCUAGAAGGGCGGUAAUGUCGGCCAAAAGAGCGACUCCGCUUAGAACGGUGGUGCUGAGGAAGGCGAUGACUCCGAAUAUCAAAUAUGUUGCGCAGGCGCAGCGCAAGACUCCCGUCGCUAAAGUGGCGAAGAUACAGGCUCCUUCUACUAUUGACCACACCAAGCAAGCGGCGCUCAUGCUGAUGGCGGGCCACUCGUCCAAGACUCGCAUCAUCAGCCCCCCGCAGCGCGUCCCCGCCCCCGCCCCCGCCGAGACCAAGGGCAAGACCCCGCCCAGUGGACGGAAGCCGGGCAGGCCUUCUAAGAUAUCGAUGACUCCGAAGAUCACUCCGGGCAAGCGGGACCGGUCACUCGCCAGCAGCUCCGGCCGCCGCAGCAGAAGCGCCGGCAACCAAUCUGCUACAAUACUAGAAAUAUCAGACUCAGACCGUCAGUCGAGAUCGACCCGCAGUGUGAGCACCCCGGGGAAGAGCCCCGCAGCCUCCCCCGCACUGCCCAGCCCGAGGAAGUCCGCCCUCAAAGACCCCGCUAGAGCCAGCAGGAAAACAGACUCCAAGAUACACUUCGAUCUGAGCAACUUGGAAAGCUAUUCAGACUCCAAUGAUGUCUUGAUAGUAUCCAACACAACUAAAGGAAAGUCUUUCGAAUCGGACUCGAGUGUUUCGGAUAGUGAACUGACGUUGCAUUAUUCUGAUACUUCGCAGCCUAAUUCACCGUCUCCCAGACGGUCGCUGCAUUCUAGAAGCAGCAAGAUUCUAGGAAGUAUUGUCGGAACGCCAACACAGGCUGAGUCGACCUACGAAAAGAGCACAUUGACCCCCGAAUCGCCUAAUGCGAGGAAAUCUUUGCGCGGCAGCUUGAUGGUACAAAAAGUGCUGGAAAGCGGCAAGAAAAACAACUCGAGAUACUCACAGAGGACCACCAAAUCUAUGUCGGACGGAAGUACGAUUGUAGAGAACAGAACUAAGACAUUAAGCCCGCGGUCGCCGCGACGCAAUAUGGAGUCGUAUUCGAUUGUCGAUUUGGUUUCGAUCGAAUCGAACGACUCUCAAUCUUCCGAGUAUGGCUCUGUGACGUCACACAGUCUGACAUUCGGGACUCCACAGACUAGCGCCAGGAAAACUAGAUCGACCAUCGAUGCCAGUUUACUUGGCUCCAGUACUCCCUAUGUAGGAAAAACUAAGAACAUCGUCAACAGAUCUGGCAGGUCCAGUCGGAAGAGCUCGCCAAUCAAAAUUAGUUCGGAAACGAUCAAUGACAGCGUUUCCACGAGAAGAUCUAAGUCGCUGACGACCCCUGACAGGAAAAGCAGUGUGGUAUCAAAGAGAUCGUCCUCUUUAUCGACCCCUGAAAACGCUAAAAGACCUAUAUCGAUUAAUAGCACAAGAAUAUCCAGGUCGUCCCGCCGCACUGUGAAUGAAACUGACCUUUUGCUACUAUCAGCUGAUGAUGAUUCCCCGAAGACAUCUAAGAGCGUUUCUCGGAUGUCCAGAAAGUCGCUCAAUAUUUCACUUACGGAUUCACCUAAGGGCAGCGCGCGAUCGUCUGCUGUUUCCAGCCCAAGAUCCCCUAGAGUGUCUACUCCUAUAUCGCCUAGGGGUGCCAAGUCGCCUAGAGUGUCCACUCCCGUAUCGCCUAGAGCUGGAAAGUCGCCUAGAGUAUCCACACCCAUAUCGCCUAGGGCUGCCAAGUCGCCUAGAGUUUCUACUCCUAUAUCGCCACGGAAUAAAUCACCAAGAGUAUCGACACCUAUUUCGCCUAGAAGCGCUAAAUCGUCUAGAAAAUCCACUCCUAUGUCGUUAAACCUUGCCUCUCCACAAUCUAAUAAGUCCCGUCGUGGUUCGCGAAAAUCUGCUUCUGCUACGAUAACAUUGCCUGAAAGUCCACUAGAGUCCGGCUUACAUACUCCUGAAAACGCUCACAGUCCUGAAACUGCUAGCACCCCCGUACUUAGCAUCAAGAGCCUGUUGGAUUCCAGCCAAUCAUCGUUUGUCUCUCAAGCUUCGAACAGACGCGGCCGACCAUCCCAGAACCUGAAAAGAAAGACGAUUGGUGCUCUCAGAUCUGAGCCAAGAAGAGGUAGAUCGGGCAUUAAAUCUAAGUCGCUAAACUUGGGAGCUGGCAGGAAAUCCCUCAUUCGGAUUAGUAAGGAUUCCUCUAACAUGUCUGACAAAACUGACGAAGGGGCUCUACAACCUUCCAAUGAUGACACUAUCACACCCAAGAGCACUGUGAAAUUAGUCCAAGAGGCAGUCAAAGAAAAGCAUUCGACAGCCAAGAAGCCACAGUCGAAACGAUCCAUCAUUGACAAUCUAAAUGACUCUGAUAUUGUGAAGCAGUUAUUCAGCAGUCCAGUCAAACGAAAGCUAUCUCAGAGUAUGACAGAGUUCUCUAGAAAGCAUUCUUUGGAGGUGAAAUCUGGUAAGAAGAGAACUAGGAACACUAUUGCAUUGGGAAGGACACCAGAUGUAUCAUUCUCUGACCAUACGGUCGCAGUGGCGCCUGAAGAAUUUGUUAGCCCACUGAAUACACCGGAAAAUAGUCCUAAUCUGACAGGCAUUAAGAGAUUAUUCAGGAAGAACACGCCUCAAAACGAUUUGACUAACAUUAAGGGAGUGAAGGCUCUAUUAAAAACUCCCAGAACCAGAAAAUCCAUCAAGAAUGAUUUAACCAACGUGGCUGGCGUCAAAGAUAUGUUUGCACAAAAGUCCCCAAGGAACAGCCUGUCUAAUGUGAGAGGAGUGAAAUCUUUGUUCCAACAUCAGAAGAAGGGACGCAAAUCUGCAAAUGACUUGACAGAUGUUAGAGGGGUGAAACAGAUGUAUAAGGGCAAAAGCCCUAAGAAUGACUUGCGAAACGUUUCAGGGGUUAAGAAGACUUUGACCCGACGAUCGCCUAAAAAUAAUCUAGAUGACGUGAGAGGCGUGAAAAAGCUAUUUAGAAGAGAAAAGUCUGGCGAUGGACUCACUAAUUUAAGUGGCGUUGAAGCCCUUUUUGACAAUUCCUUCGAAUCUGAAAGAAACGCAUCAAACUCUGAAGUUCUGUUCGACAAACUUCUCGGUAAACCGGCACUGAAAUCAACUUACGCUAAGAGCUUUUCAUCGAAAUCAGCCGAAAAAGCUCAGAAGAGGCGCGCGGCCAAGUCAUUAAACGUGUCAUUUGACUUGAUAACCAAUAACGUUGAAGAAUGGCUAGAGAACGAGUUGCAGAAGAGAGUUAGCAAACACGACUCUAUUCCGGCACCCAAAGGUCGAAAAUCCAAUGUUUCCGCGUCCUCCACGGGAUCGAAGAGCCGAAAAUCACUGAGUAAAUCCAACAACGCUUCCAAAAAUGCUACAAGGGAGUUACAAAAUCUAUUGACUGACACCGUUGAAGGCAAUGUACCUAUCCGCACGUCCAGAGUACGAACAAGCACCCUGAUAAAAAGCAUCCCUGAUAUUCCAAACAGAAGAUCAGCUUCAGAAACCUACGGUGCUCAUACCUUGCCUAUCAAAAAGAGGUCAUUUGUUGAAGCGUCUUUAGAGAAGAGCGCUAAUGAUAGUAAAGCGAUACUGCCGAUCAAGAAACGUGCCUUGGUACACUCGACUCCGGUGAAGGGACAGUGGAAUAUGACCGCUGACGCCUCGGCUUUAGGUCGAGUUUCGCCCAUCGUUGCUGACAAGACUAGGGAUGCAGAUCUGACAGUGAGGACUACACGACAAGCACCGGCUUCUCCCAAAACUAAACCAGCUACACCCAAGCAGAAGAAAUCUAUGUCAAAACAAGAAUCACACAAAGAUACUCCAAAACCACAAUCACCACCAAAGAAAAACACUAGGACUUCAAAAGCCAAAGUUAGUCCUAAAACUAAAAAGUCAAGUCCAGUUAAAGAGGCUAGAACAACAAGAGGGAGGAAGACUGUAGAUAAUGCAAAAGUAACUAACACGAAAAAACGCAGGUCGUCUCUAGUUAUAAUUAAGAAGUCGCCUAUUUUGAGUCCGGCUGUAAACCCGGCUAGUCCUAAACCAACUCGCAAGGGCAGAAGAAAUGCUAUUCAAGAAGUAACCAAGAUUGUGUUGCCAAGUCCCAAAAAAGUCGCAUCACCGAAAGCUCAAACCAAAAAAGUCACCAAGAAAGCUGCAGUCAAAGCCAGCCCUAAAAAGGUUACACCUCAGCCCAGCCCAAAGAAGACUAGAGGACGAGGCAAAGCAGUAGAAGAAAAACCGGCCACACCAAAAUCUAGAGGCAGACCUAAAGGAUCGAAUGUGGUAAUAACCAAACCAUCACCUCAAAUGAAGCCUAAAGCUUCUAAGACCAGAGGGAAAGCAGCAGAGGAAUCUAUUGAGGUGCCCAAGCCAAAGAGAGGGCGAAAGACGACUGAGAAACAAAAUUCAGAAGAAGUAGUUGAACCAAAAAGAGGAAGAGGCACCAAAAAGACUGAAUCACUAAUAGAAGCCCCAGUUGAAAAGACUAGAAGGGGAAGAAAAGUGAGUGAAAAGGCGGAACCUGCUAAAGUAGCUGAACCUCCGAAAAGAGGCCGAAACGCAAAAGUUUCAGACGAAUCAGUGUCCCCUCAAGAGAAGAAAACCACUAGAGGAAGAAAAACACAAGCUGAAAAACCUGAAGUAGAAGCCAAGCCAAAAAGAGGGCGCAGUGCAGUAGCCAUAAAUGAUUCUGAUGCCAACAUAACUAAAGGACGCAAGCGGAAAGCGACCGCCACUGAAAACGUAGUCCCAGCCAAAACUGCCAAGAAAUCUGUGGAAGUUAUCGAAACUAAAAAAGCUACUCGUGGUCGUAAAACAGUGACUGAAACUACCGAAGUUAAGACUCAAAGUGGUAAACUAAAAACGUCAGUGGUAAAGGAUAGUAAAAUUGAAAUAAACAGAAGUAAAGCAGAAGGGAAGAGUGUGGUUACAAGUAAAUCUUCUAGAGCUGAAAAGAAAGUGGUAGAGGUUAUAGAGAAGAAGACUAGAGGUGCACAGAAAACUCAGGAAGAAAGCAAACCUGCUAGGGGAAAGAAGGCUGUUGUAGAGACAUCACCUAAGGGUCGCAAGCGAAAAAGUGAUCCUCCAAAAUCCCCAGCAAAAGCAUCCAAAAAGGAACCAGUGAGGAAAACCCGUAAGACUGUUGAGGACAAGACUGCGAGCCCGGCGCGGCCCGCGCGGCGGCUGAAAACACAACCCAAAGCUGUCACACCUAAAGCAACAAGGAGCAAAAGGAGAUAACUAGAAAUAAACAAAUAAUGUUAAAUGAAGUACAAAUUACCUUUAAGGUCAAGAAGUUUACUUCAAUAUAUUAUUUAGAUAUUUUAAUUAUAGUUUAGGACAUUUCUUUGUAUAGACACGCACAAGGCACAGUUCACCAAAACAAAAUUACUAUAAUACGUGUUUAAUGCUGCUCUCUAAAGGAUGUUUAUAAUAAUAAUGAAAGUACAAAAUGCCCCAUUUUAUGCGCUUUCUAUUUGUGAUAGUAAGAAGUACUGGUACUACUUAUUAUUGUUAGUAAAUAAUUUUAUAGCAUAACAUUUUUACAUCUAUUGUGUUACAACUUUUAGUGCGUCUUCAUAUUUUAUGACAAUUUAAUUUAUUUCUAUGUGUUUGUUCGACGAAACCCUCGUACAAAUUGCUAUUCUCUGGUACUAUCUGGAUCACCAGAAUUUCCUUAAAAUUUACCUUUUUUCCUCCACUAAAUCCAUAACCUCAAAAUAGUUUCAUUAUUUUUAGCAUGAUGUUACCGCUAUUCAAUAUAAAUUCUGUACCAAGCUACUUACUUCGUAUAUACGAAUCAAGACAGGGUUUUUACUCAGGAUAUAGAUUUAACAGGAUAGGAUUUCAAUUGCAAAUUACUACAUAUAAACAGAUACCUUCAUAAAUGCUUCUCUAACCCUAUGCUUCAUAUGAGAAAUCUCAUAUUUGCCUCAUAAUAGCCGUAAAGGUUCAAUUAUAUUUGCAAGGGAACGUCCACCAUGUGUGUGCACAAAUGAAGCGGAUAAUAAUGUAUAAUAUUGAUGGAUGGACGAUAUAAAUUGUUAUAACUUCAAUACUUACCUCUUAGUUAUAAUUUUUAAUCAUGUACGCUACAAUAUUCAGUUUGGUACUUUCUAUUUUGUUAGUUUUAUUUGUGUGCUAAGUUAUGUACUAUUCCUGAAUUUAAUAAAUAGACAUUUUAAUAUGACUAGCUGGAUAUUAUGUAAUUUAGAUUCGUAGAACGUUUUAUUUGUAGUUUUUAAUGUGUUUGACAUGACGCUAGAUAUAAAGAAUGCUGCAAAACAGACAUGAUACAAGACAAGACUUUCAGACAUGUUAAGGAAAAUAUCCUGUGUUAAAAAAUAUUUUUGUAGCAUUCUUUCUAUUAUUAUUUUGAUUUAAUUUUAAUAUAUCGCACAAACUAACGUGCUAUUCUUAAUUAAUAAUUAUGAAAGGAUGUAAAAGUACAAUAUUUGCUAUAAACCGUGUUUAACACUUUUGAAAUGUAUUGAAUACAAUCAAAGUACACUUUAGUAUUAGAGUUUGGAAAAAAAUACAUAUUUUUAGCAAUUAUAUUUUUGAAUGGCAAUACAUUUUAUUGGAUAAUAGUAUAGAAAUAUACCUUAGUGAAAAGGUUAUGAAAAUGUAUCGUGAAAAAAAUCUAAGAGUGUGCUGUUUUAAAUAUAAUAUUGUUGAUAUGCAUUUUAAAUAAAUACUAUUUGAUGAUA